CCCUGCCGAGGCGGUGCCGGGCGCAGGAGGCCGGACCGGCCCCGCCGUGACCUGGAAGGGGAGCGGCGUCAGCGAGAUCAACUUCCCGGGGCCGCGGGGGGACAGGCGGGGCCGGGAUGGAGCGGGCGGGCGGCAGGCUGUAGCUGAUGCCCAGGCCCCCCUGGCAUGAUGCCGUCCAGGACCAACCUCUCUGCUGGGAUCCCCAGUAGCAAAGUCAAAUAUUCCAAACUCUCCAGCACUGACGAUGGGUACAUUGACCUGCAGUUCAAGAAGAGCCCACCCAAAAUCCCCUACAAGGCCAUCGCACUGGCUGUGGUGCUCUUCAUGAUCGGGACCUUCCUCAUCAUCAUCGGAGCCCUGCUGCUGGCAGGGUACAUCAGCAAAGGGGAGACGGACCGAGCCAUCCCCGUGCUGAUCAUCGGCAUCCUGGUGUUCCUGCCCGGCUUCUACCACCUGCGCAUCGCCUACUACGCCUCCAAGGGCUACCGCGGCUACUCCUACGACGACAUCCCCGACUUCGACGACUGAGGCGUUAAUUAGCCCCGCCCUAAUUAGGCGCGGUAGUUCCCCUGGAUGCCGGCAGGGCUGCGUGUCCCGGCCUGGAGGCGGUGCGGGGUUUGCAGUUUGGGGGGUGGGGGCUGCAGCCCGGAAUUGACCAAAAGGAAUUGCAGAGAACUUGGGAUUUAGGGGAUUUGUUUGCUCCUCCUGGGGUUGCAUAAUUCCGCUCGCUGGGAAGCUCUUCCUGGGCGAGGCAAGCCUUGCAAUUUUCCAAAAAUAGAGCAGCUGCUUUCAGCAGCAGAUACUUGGUUUUUCCUCUGUUUUCUAGAGUUCAUUUUAGCUUUCCAUGAGAUUGUGGUUAUUGUUGGGUUACCUUUGCAGACAGACCAUCAUUAAAUUCUCCUUUUGCUCUCUGUCCAUCAGAAAUGCUUCCAAACUGCUGGUCCUGGAGUCAAUAAAGUCUGAUGAGAGGGGAAAGCAGCACUUGCAGGAAGUGAUUUCCACACUGCACUGGCUCCAGAGCUCCCUGUCAGCCUGACCAGGCUCAUUUCCCCACCAACACCUCCUCCCCGAGCCAGUUCCCUGUGCCACUGCUGGCAGAAUCUGCUCAUCCUUCACGGGACUGCUGCUGGAGUCUGCUGGUCCUUUAAACAACCAGAUGGAUCCUGGGACAAGGACUGGAACCCAGGCUCAGGUGUCACCAAAAAUCUGGGGCUUGACUGAUGUGGGGAUUGGAGACACCAACUCCAGCUGUGUCCUCUGGAGUCCUUUGGUCCCUGUGCAGAUAAUUUGCUGUGCAGACCUGCCCAGGCCAGUGAAGAGAAGCUCUCUGUGUAGUUUGUGCUGACCAAACCCCCUCUGGGUUGCUUUGCCAGCUUUGCUGCUGUGUCAUUCAGGGCAAACAGAGAUGGCUCCACUCCUGUGAGGUCAGAGCAGCUGUCUCCUGGACAAAGACCAGCAGUGCAAGUGGGUGCAUUUAACAUCAAUAAAGUUCUGUAUUCUCUGGAA